AUGACUCGUUUGCAACGCCCUGUAAAAGGUGUUACUAUUGAGCACCACCUCACGCAGAUCCUCACCGGGCAUGGGUGCUUUGGUGAGUAUCUGUUUGGGGUAGUCAGGAGGGAGCCAAACGCCGAAUGCCACCACUGUGUGGGCGGCAUAGUGGACACGGCACGACACACGCGCGAGGAGUGCCCCGCUUGGGCGGUCCCUCGCGCUGCCGUGUCCACAGAAAUAGGGGCUGACCUCUCGCUGCCGGCCAUGGUUAGGGCCAUGAGCGGCAGCGAGCAGGCCUGGAGAGCGGUCGCCACCUUCGCGGGCAUAGUCAUGUCCGCGAAGGAAGCGGCGGAGAGGGAGCGGGAAGACUGUCGACUCGCUCCCGAUUAG